AUGGUGUCUCAAAACUUGACUGCAGCUGCUCUGGCCCAGUCCUUUGUCUUCCAGCCCCUACAGUCUUCUGCCAUGGCCACCAAAGACGGCCCUAGACUUUUGACUCGGGAGGAAGUACAUGCAAAAAGGACUGCCGUUCUCGAGUGCUUGAAGAAGACUGAGGAGCACAAGUUCACCCAGCGCAUGGUUCAGCAUUUCAAGGAUGAGAAGCAGCCACUACCAGAACCAGUGCCAGUCACUCCGGAGCCGAUGAAGCCAAUGAGCAAGAGAACGUGGGAGAAGGAGUUUUACAACUACAAGUGUGCUGUCCGCUUUUAUGCGCAGUUGCACGACAAGAUGUUUCAGUGA